UAUUUGUAUUAGAUAUAUGUCUUAGACGCACAAGAGACCAGACAAAAUAUUUCAGAUAUCUACAAACGUGUGUUAAGUGCAUUCCACAGCGCUAUUUAGAUCUGUAUAAAUUGGUUAAGACAAUUUAUCCCAAGCCACUGCUUGCUUCAAAAAUGACUGAGCUCUUAUCCAUAAAACUGGAAUAGUAUCAUCGCUGUUCUUAGUAAUAUCUAAAAUUGACCCGGCUUCCCACGAACUUGCAAUGUUCAUCAUUGCCUAUGCAUGUAUCUGCCAACUGAAAAUAACGUGUCUAGUUAAUUCAUGUGUCUAGUGAAUUGUGCUCUAGUCAACGAAAGUUUGUUACUGUAACCCCCACCAUUGCAAUAAUUUUUUUAGUCUUUAAAAUGCCACAAUGUGUUCUUUCAUUGCAAAGUAUGUAAGGUUUACCAUAGAGAUGCCAAAGUAUAGAGGGACGCUGCCCUUUGCCUAUAGAGAAUCUCCGAAAGGCAUUUUUAAUUUUUUACCGGAAGUUCAGGUUGCUGUGUGUGUGUGUGUCACUCUAGUCUUGUUCCAUCUCUAUGGGCUUGACAGAAAGUGUGCGUCACUCUGGAAGCUCUUUGCAACUGGUAGCAAUGGCCUUGUGAGAGCGCUUUACGGCUUUUCCUCUUAAUUUUAUAACAAUGCCUUUGUGUGGGGAGAGAGAUUGCAAAAGUGGGGCGCUUUUUGGCUGAAAGCGAGUGAUCUGGUUCCAUUUGCGGCAGUAGAAACGGCAGCUGGCACCACCGGCUCGCUUGAUCCUAGCGCGGAGCAGGAAGAGGACAGAAGCCCCAGCAUUCCAUCCUAGUAACCCUACUGGUUGGGGUACUGUGUACUAGAGACGGCUGAUGCUAUUGCCUCAGGAGGAUUGCCAGGGAUGGGAAAAUGCCCCUUGAGGUGAAAUGGCCCUUUCCUCCAGCUCCCCACUUACCCUGGAGCUUGGCCAGCAGGGUGGUCAUGGGCUUGGUGGGCACCUACAGCUGCUUCUGGACCAGAUAUAUGAACCAGGUGAACGUCCAUAACGAAGAAGUGCUAUAUGAGCUAAUUGAGAAGCGCCAGCCUGGCACCCCGCUUCUCACAGUCUGCAACCACCAGUCCUGCAUGGAUGACCCGCACUUGUGGGGUAUCCUAAAAUUACGGCAUGUGUGGAACUUGCAGAAGAUGCGCUGGACCCCAACAGCUGCAGACAUCUGUUUCACCAAGGAGCUGCAUUCUCGUUUCUUCAGCCUUGGGCGAUGUGUUCCUGUCUGUCGUGGAGAUGGUGUCUACCAGAAAGGUAUGGACUACAUACUUGAGAAGCUCAACCACGGAGACUGGGUGCACAUGUUCCCAGAAGGCAAAGUCAACAUGACCCAAGAGUUCAUGCGCUUCAAAUGGGGUAUUGGGCGUCUUCUGGCUGAGUGCCGUCUGCACCCCAUUAUUCUGCCACUCUGGCAUGUAGGAAUGAAUGAUGUACUCCCCAAUGAACCCCCUUACGUGCCCCGUUUUGGACAGAAAAUCACUGUGUUAAUUGGGAAGCCCUUCAGCACCCGGCCUUUGGUGGAGCAACUCCGGGCAGAGAACAAGUCAGCAGUGGAGAUGCGCAAAGCAUUGACGGACUUUAUUCAGGAAGAGAUUGAGAUGCUGAAGGAACAGGCUGAGCGGUUACAUCAGACUUUCAAGUUGCAGGGCCAGUGACGUGGCUGGGAUGAGCAUCAGGGCCUUCCCACUGAUGCAUGGACUGUGCAAUCCUCAGGUGUGAUGGGACUUGCCUCUCACUUUAGCUCUUGAGUGAGACUUUCCCAUGUUGUCAGCUGUCCCUAAGCUUGGCCACAAGCGGACUGGUUUUGCAUGCAGAGGGUUGAGUGAAGGCUCCCUAUGUAGCUUGUGGAGCCUGAUAAAUGUGCCUCAUACCCUGUCUUUGUGCCUAACUCCCCCAGUUUGGGGGGAAAACAACUUGGAACUGCUGUUUGUAGGUGGAUUUCCCUGUUGCUAGAAGCCAGUGAUGCUGGAUGGAGCUGGGGCUUCAAGGUAGUGGAUAUCAGUGGGGCAGGGGGAGGAGUUGGGGUAAGGCAGGCUCUACCCCUACUCACAGUGAUCCCUUGUAUUAGCUUCCCUUGCUCAGUGGUGGCAGGGAGGGUGAAUAAAUGGGUUCUGCGAGUUCCUUUUGUAGAAUAUUGGGCCAAAGGUGGUUUUUAUACUUCACAUUUUUCCAGUAAAUGAUUCCACACCCUG